AUGAACCCACGCCUGAUUGUCGCUGCUGCAAACAAAGACGACAUCAGGCUUGCAGUAAAGUAUGCUCGCGAGCAGAAGAUUGCCUUGGCGGUCCGCACUGGUGGCCAUCAAUACUCUGGAGCCUCAUCUACAGCUGCACCGAACAUCCUUCUCGAUUUAGCCAAUACCUUUACGGGCCCCGGGGACUUGGUCUAUCUCCCGAAGAAGACCCCGGACGACGGUCGAUCCUUCGUCUACACCUCGGUUAGCCAUACGCUCGACCAAUUCAACCACUUCCUUGGGAAGAAUGGACUGUUUGUUCCGCAUGGCCAAUGCUCACACGUCCGGCUAGGAGGCCACGUGCAGACUGGUGGGUACGGGCAACUGGCCCGCAGCUUCGGUCUGUUUGGCGACCACGUACGUACCCUUGAGAUUAUUGACUCGGAAGGCAACGACGUCGAAGUCACGAAGGGCAGCGAUCCGGACCUCUUCUGGGCAAUCCUCGGUGGCAGUCCUGGAAACUUUGGUGUUCUGACUCAUAUAACGCUUGAGGUCCAUCGCAAUGAGGACUAUGAUGGUGCCAUUGGCUUGAAGGCACUGUUUUUGUACGACAAGCAGCAAUUGGUGCGCCUCGUAGGCAAGGUCGCGGAGAUGGCAGAGGAUCCCGAGUGGCCACGCAACUACGACCUUUGCGUAAGCGUGCUCAGCAGCAGCUUUCCACUCGGCCAGCUCAUGUGGCCAGGCCUAGAUGAGUCGAUCAAGCAUCGCGUUCCGAGCGUGUAUGGCGACGACAAGGUCCUCGGAUGGCCCAAGACCAUCAUCGUCUAUGCACAGUGGGUUCCAAUGACUAAGGGCGAGAAAGCAGACGACAAAGUCAUGCAGUGGUUCCAAAACCUCAAGAAGGGAUCUAACCUCAUCCUCAGUGACGGCAUCAUGAAAAAGCCCAUGUCAGAGCUGACACGUAAGUGGCUCUUCAUGAAUGUACGCGAGUUCCCGCUUCCGUACGUAAAGCGUACGUAUCUCACGAAUUCGACCACUCUGACAAAAGACCAUUGGCCUGAGUGGGUUUCCGACCGCAUUGACGAGGUCGUGGGGACUUGGGACAAUAAGCUCUGGUUGAGCUGCCAGAUCCAGUGCUUUGGUGGCAAAUAUAGCAUGUUCACACGCAAUGCCGACAACGGAACGGCAUACAGCUGGCGCAAAGACACCACGGUAGUCCAGACACUCGACUGCUUUCACUGGAGCGUGAAACGCGAUGCAGCCUUGGACUGGCAGAAGCAGAAUGACCAGACAGGUAUCGGAAGGGCCGGAAUCUUUAGCAAGGAGGAUCGUAGGGUGCUGUGGGGGAGCUAUGGCGACUUUGAUUUGGACAAGGUGUGGAAAUCGUACUACGAGGAUGAGGCAAAGUACAGGAAGCUAGGCGAGAUCAGGGCGCGCGUGGAUCCGGACGGGAUCUUUACGCCGAACACGUUUGCCGUGAAGAGGGCGAGCACGACUUAG